GUACACCUCUCUCUCUCCCUCUCUCUCUCCCCCCAAUGGAAAUUAGUGGAAGCAGGUCCUUCACCUUAAGCUUAGCCUUUCUUUUUCUUUGCUUUUGCAGUGAAACUUGUGCCAAGUCAUGUACUUCAUCCUGCGGCCAUAUCCACAACAUAAGCUAUCCUUUUCGACUGAACGAUGAUCCGAAGCACUGUGGCAACGUUAAGUAUACUCUGUCCUGUGAGAGCAACAUUACAGUACUAGACAUACCUUCUUCCGGAAAAUACUACGUCCAGGCAAUCAACUACGAUAAGAAGACAAUCCGACUUGUAGAUUUUGGCCUUCAAAGCAACAAUUGCUCUUCCAUGCCUCAAAAUAUUCCGCCCGACACUAUUCUAUAUUCGUCAUGGCCUUCAACAUCUAUAUAUUACUUGAUGUGUUCGAAUCCAUUGAAUUCUUCUCUGUACGUGGACACUGCUCCAUGCUUGAAUAAUACAAGUUCUUCUUCGAGCCAACCAAAAACGUAUAGCUAUGUCAAGGUCGGGGAAAUAGAACUAUGGGAUUUGGAUGAGGGUUGCAGUGCAGAGUGGAUGACUUUGGCUCCCAUCAACCACGUUGACUACAGCAACGUCUCUUAUAAAGACAUACAGAAUGCGCUCAUGUAUGGCUUUGAGCUUGGAUUCGAGGCACCUUAUGCAAUACGCUGCCAAGGCAAAUAUUGGACCGGGAAUUAUGUGUCUACGUGCUUUCCGCAGACCAUUUCAGGUUUCUUUCAAUUUCUAUGGCAGCAAAUCAGUCGUGAAAGGAUCUGGUUGCCUGGCAAGUUGAGUUCAUUGUUUCACAACAACUACAUCGUACGUGGAUGGGUUAUACUCAUAUGCAUCGGGUUACUUGUCCUAGCCAAAAUAAUUUUUGGAGUUCCAGUUGUGACUGCUUUUUUAAUCUAUAGAUGGCGCAGAAGGCAUUUGUCUAUGUAUAGCACAAUAGAAGAUUUUCUACAAUGCGAUAACAACUUCAUGCCUAUAAGGUACUCUUACUCGGACAUCAAGAAAAUGACUCGCCGGUUCAAGCACAAGUUGGGUGAAGGUGGCUUUGGCACUGUAUUUAAAGGAAAGCUCCGCAGUGGCCGUUUUGUAGCAGUUAAAGUCUUGGGCAAGCCCAAAGCUAAUGGCCAAGAUUUUAUUAGCGAAAUAUCUACGAUCGGAAGGAUUCACCAUGCUAAUGUGGUGCAACUUGUUGGAUAUUGUGUCGAGGGAUCAAAGCGCGCUCUAGUAUAUGACUUCAUGCCUAAUGGCUCUCUUGAUAAAUACAUUUAUUCCAAAGAAGGAAGUCUUCCCUUGACUAUCAAGAACAUGUACGAGAUUUCUCUUGGAGUGGCUCAAGGGAUUGAAUAUCUACAUCAAGGUUGCGAAAUGCAAAUUCUACAUUUCGACAUCAAGCCUCAUAACAUUCUUCUUGAUGAGAACUUUAAAGCAAAGGUUUCUGACUUUGGGCUUGCAAAAUUGUAUCCCGUAGAUAAUAGCAUUGUCCCUUUGACGGCAGCACGGGGUACAUUGGGGUAUAUUGCUCCUGAGUUGUUCUACAAAAAUAUUGGAGGCGUCUCAUACAAGGCAGAUGUCUAUAGUUUUGGAAUGUUGUUGAUGGAAAUGGCAAGCAGAAGGAAGAAUUGGAAUGCAAAGGUAGAGCAUUCAAGCCAAAACUACUUCCCAGUGUGGGUGUACGAUCAGUAUAUUGUGGGAAAUGACUUGGAAAUGGACAAUGUUACAGAGGAGGAAAAGAAAGUAAUAAGAAAGAUGGUUAUAACCGCCUUGUGGUGUAUUCAAAUGAAACCAAGUGAUCGCCCUUCAAUGUCCAAAGUUGUCGAAAUGCUUGGAGGAGAUGUUGAAUGUCUGCAAAUGCCUCUCAGGCCUUCUUUAUGCCCACAAGAGACGCCUGUGACUGUGGGUGAUAUUCAAGUCAAUAAAUCGAACCCAAUAUGUUCUAACGUGGAGCUAACAUGUUCAUUGUCAGCUAGGUGAUGAUCAAAUUGUUGAGAAAGUGCAAUAAUGUAUUAUUAGUUAAAUUCUUACUUUAAAGUGAUUUAAGUGAAGAACUGUCAUCUGUAAUUGUUUGGGCUUGGAUUCAUCUAAGAACUACUGGUGUUGGUGCGUAUACAUAUACAUGUUACUCUAAUUCA